AUGACCCUCUGCACCGCAGUUGGAGCGAGAUACAUCCAAGCUAACGAUCCGGGACCGGGAUUACCUGUUCUCGAAGCCGCAAGCCGCGAUGAAACAGAAAGGCAUGACGCUCAUGCUUUCGUCGGCCAUGAUGGACGUUGUCACCUUGAACGAGUUCUCGGGCCUGAAUUGAAGUUCCUCGGCAUCUGUAGCGUUGAAUUCGAUGCUCUUCCACCACGCCGUCAUCUCAUCCAUCACCAAACCCAGACCCUCCAAGACGCCUAUGUGCCUCUUAUAUGGCCUUAUGUCCUUCCUCUAGGUCUCAUCGGUCGUCGCCAUCAAGUCGUGGAUGAAGCUGCACCUAAAUACGAGCCUGAUAAUGGCCUGGACGUAGAAAGAUAUGCUGAGAAGACUGUCAGCAUCCCGUACAUAGAUAUGGCCAAUGUGGGCAUCACCUUGUUUCUGAAGCACUCCCAAAUGCACUUGGCUAACAGCAUAGUCCUUCUCGAAUUGCCAUGGAGUUGGUUUGGGCUUGGCCGGCGUACUAGAGUCGUAGGGAGCGCCCUCACUCCCUUGGCCGCCCUUUCAUCUGCCUCCUGCACAACAAAGUCUGAAGUUCAGCUCUAUGGUCUUCAUAAUCAGGCUCUAAGCAUUCUCGUCUUGUUGCGUAGAGAAAUGCAGAACUGCCUACCCAUUCCUCAAGAAUCUCAUGGCGCUGUUAAGGACCUCAAUCACUGGCGAAGCGGAUAG